GUGAAAGUGAAAGUGAAAGAAGGACUUUGACAUGAUAGUGCUUACUUUCUAGUAAUAGGCUAGCAUCCUUCAACACGUUAAACACGUUGAAGAUUCUGCUAUAUAUGGAAGAAAGACUACAAAGAGAAGGAUAUGGUAGACCCUCUAACUAUCCCGACAGAGUUCAACAGCAUCAGAGGUAUGAUGAUAGAAGAGAUGGUUAUGGUAGAGGUCAAAGAUAUCAAGGUUAUUCUGACUACAAUGAUAUGUACCAGCAAGGCCAAGGGUAUAAUAGAAGUGGUUAUCAACAAAAUUAUGACAGAAGAAAUGGUCACGGUAGAGGUCAACAAUAUCAAGGUUAUUCUGACAACAACGAUAGGUACCAGCAAGGUCAGGGAUAUAAUAGAAGUGGCUUUCAACAAAAUGAUGACGGAAGACUGCAAAGAUCAAGGGUAGAGGAUCUGGAAUUAAAACCAUUAUUAUCUGCGAAUGAAGUUUCUAUGGUUAUCCAUGGAACUUACUAUAAUUCUUGGGAGAAAAUCAAACACACAGGACUAAGUAGAAUGGGAAGAAAUCAUAUCCACUUCAAUGCAGGAGAAAUAGAAGAAAAUGGAGUCAUUUGUGGUAUGAGCCAAUCAUAUGAAGUAUAUAUAUAUAUUAACCUACAGAUGGCUUUGGAAGAUGGAUUCAAGUUUUUCCGCUCAGCCAAUAAUGUAAUACUUUGUGCUGGAAAUGAAGAUGGAUUUAUUCCCCAUAAAUACUUUGUAGAAGCUGUAAAAAGAAACCCAAACAAAUUAAUGAGAAAAAACACCACAGAUGAAUCUGAAAUCAUUGUCCAGGCAUUAUAUGUAGAUUGUCUGCGUCAAAAAGGCAUGGAAGCUGAACAUUGUGAACCAUCAAAACCUGAAGAGAAAUCAGAUUUGAUGACAGCAGGCAAAGAGUCAAAACUCUUCAGAAAUUGCCAGGAACCAGUUAAGUUACAAUAUGAUGAAAAUGGAGAUCAGGAAAAUGUAGAUAAUGAAAAUGAUGUUGAAUCAACCAUGUUUAAUGAAGAUGAAGAAUUUCCAAACAGUUCUGAUUUUGUACAUCAUUUAGAAGGUUCUACUAACUGUUCAUGUACUGGAGAAGAAUCUUUAUGUGCUUAUGACGAAAUAAUCACAAUAGUUGAACAUGAUGCUGGUGUCAGUGCUGUAGACUUUUUGAUGGAAAAAGAGGUGGUGGCUGUUCAUGUUGAACUGUCAGACUAUCAUGCCUUAAGGAGAAUUACUUGCAUAACUGAAGAUAGAUCUUAUAUAUUUGAUUUUGAAACAAAUCCAUACUUAAUAAUGGCUGGCAGAGUGGCACAGUUUUUCAGUUGGACCCUGGAACCAAAGGGACCAAUCAAAGUGUUUAAUGGACUAGAUUCAAGGACAUGUGCUCUACUUUUUGACAGAUAUGAAAUUGUACUGGAUGGAACUAAAAUUUAUGAUCUUAAGAUUGCCUGUGAUAUGAUGAAGGAAGGAGGUUUAGGCAAUAUCACAGAUCUGAAGAAGAUUGGAUUCAGUCCUGACUGUAUCCCUGUUGACACUGAGAAUGUAACUGCUGUAUGUUUGACCUACAUAAAGGCAUAUCAGUAUUUUUCCCAGCUAUUGCAUGAAGAAAUGAAAUGUUACAAGAAACAACUGUUUGAAAUGGUCAAUGCUGACAUUUGUAAAAAAGACUUGAAAAAGUUGAGAGAGAGAAAGAAGAGAGAAUUAAAACAUGCUGAAUACAUUAAAGGAUGGUAUUCUGAUCAAAGACAAACUUCAAAGUCCAAAAAAGUUGAUAAAAUGAUGGACUUUCCAUUUUCCCAAUUGCCAUCACUAUUAGAUGAAACAGAGAAAAAGGAUGAAUUUGAAAGCAUUCUAAGAAAUGCUUCUUCAAGUUCUCAAUCUUUAAAAGCUUGCAAACAAUUACCAAAAAACUGUAACUCAACAAGUAAUUUGCAUGCUACUUCAUUACAUCCAUCUGUGAAUAACGAUUUACGGCAAGAAUUUAAUGAAACAAGACAGAUGGCUAGACAAUGUGCAACACAAAAGUCACAGGAAGAACAGUAUCAGGUUAUUGCUGUUGUGAAACAGGAAAGUGUUGAAUUUCCUGACGGACGCCGAUAUACUUGUAGAUCAACUGUAGUACCUGAUCCUGUCAUUGUUGAAGGCAAAAGUACAGCCACACAAACUGAGUCAGAUAAAUGUAAAGAUGUAGGCGUUCAGUGUGAAAUUAUAGACUGGAACAAAUAUCAGAAAAUGAUAGAACUAGCAGAAGUUCUUCUUAAGUAGAUUAUAUGCAUUCAUUUUGAUUUAGUGAUUCAAAGGAUUUUGACAAGAAUUGUUUAAGCCUGAGCAGCCAUGACAUCAUUGUAUCUAGUUUAAUAAUUCUGUGGUUAUAUAUGUUCCUGUUACUGAUAAUUAGAACUUAAUGAUAACAUCCCUUGCUAUAAAGGUUAUUUAAAGACUCAACCAUUUUUCGGAAAUGAGGUUCUUCACUACAGCUGAUGUUGAAUUUAGUAUUUAAGAUAUUAUAUUUUUAAUUUUUGUCUCGCCUUGACAAAGUCAAAAAGCAAUUCCAUGGAGAUUAUUUCGCCCAAGUUUUUAAUGAACUCGACUCUCAAAUGUUGUAGCUCUUACUGAAGAAAUUUUCCUUGCCUCUGGGGAAGCAUGCCAUAAUGUUGCCAGUCAUAGAAAUUGGGGUUUGGCAUUUACAAAACCGAAUUGACGAUUCUUCAAAUUUCCUUAGGAAUGUAUUACAAAAAUUACAAAAAUCAAUAGGACCUAUUAUUAAUUUUUACAGGACUCGUUCUGUCAGUCCUGUGCUAAUUUCGAGGACCGAGUUCCAUUAAAAUAAUUCCUCAAAACCUCAGCUGAAUUUGAAGCCUUCCUCAGCCUCAAACAAGAAAACAUUGCUGAAGUCAUUGAAUCAUCAUAAUUAUGUAUUUUGAAAGGAAGUUCAUAAAAGAGUGGUUACCUUAACUUUUUUAUGUUAAUUUCAUGUAGAAAAAAAGAUACCAUUGGGAAAUCAAAAUUGUAAAUAAAAGCUCCAAUAGAAAAAAAUAAAAUUAAUAAAAAAAUCCUCUUAUAUUUAAACAGCUAAAGGCAGAGUUAUUUUGCAAUUCAUGAAGAUGAUUUUCAUGUGACGUGAUUUGAGAUGGAGUUGAUUCCCUUAGCCACCAUAAUGAAAGGCAUACUGGUUGAUUUGCCUUUAAUAUUUGACCAACCAUUUAAUUGAGACAUGUGGAAUAGGCAAGCCUUAGUAAGAGAUACUUACUAGUUCAAAGUGAUUAAUAUAAAUGCUUUAACAAAUUAAAAUUGUUUAGAAAACAACUAGUAAAGACAAGCUGUAAAUAUUAUUAGAACCAUUAAGAUCCACAACAAUUUUAGGUGCAUUUUUUUUUUGCUUUGCACUAUCUAUUCAUCCAUCUUUUGGAAAAAAAAAAAGUUAUUUACUAAAUGAAAUUGGAGUCUCCCUUGUUGGUUUAUAAUAAGACUGGUAUAAAUUUUAAGGGGCAGGAGUGGGCUGCGUACAGUGAUAAUGAUAGGUGAAUGUGGCAAGAUCCAGUUGAACCACUGCAUACCUUAGCAUAGUAAAAUUUGCAAAAUUAUAUACAUGUAGUGCAGCUCUUAUUGUUUGGUAUUGGUUUUGUUGGUUGAACAUUUUCUAGACAUUCCAACUUGUAUUGGGCUAAUUGAAAUAAAAUAAAGUAGACAAAAAUUGAUUGCAUUUGACAAGUCAAAUAUCUGUGAUAAUAAUGUUAUAUUUAUGAGCCAUAAUUUAUCAAGUAAUUUUAAUAAAAGAAAUAUCAAUAUAGGAAA